CUCUGGGGCUAGCGCGGGGCAUGGCGGUCUGCGUCCGGGGCUGGCGGCUCCGCGCAAGCUCCACCCUCCGGCGUCGCGGGGCGCGGGCGGCGCCGGAAGCACUGGGGGCAGCCUGAUGGCGCAGGAGGGAGACACCGCACUGGGCGUCGAGAUGCGGGGGGGCGCGGGCGGGGCCCGGGGACUCGCUUCCCGGCGCUGGGCCCUGGCGCUGCUCUUCCUCGCCGCGGCUCCGGGCUGGCUCCCGGCUUCGGGCAGCCCCUCCCGGCGCCACUGGCCGGAGCCCUACAAACGCUUUGACUUCCGACCAAAACCUGAUCCUUAUUGUCAAGCUAAGUAUACUUUCUGUCCAACUGGCUCACCUAUCCCAGUUAUGAAGGAUGAUGAUGAUAUUGAAGUCUUUCGAUUACAAGCCCCAGUAUGGGAAUUUAAAUAUGGAGACCUCCUGGGACACUUGAAAAUUAUGCAUGAUGCCAUUGGAUUCAGGAGUACAUUAACUGGCAAGAACUACACAGUGGAAUGGUAUGAACUUUUCCAACUUGGCAACUGUACAUUUCCCCAUCUCCGACCUGAAAUGGAUGCCCCUUUCUGGUGUAAUCAAGGCGCUGCCUGCUUUUUUGAGGGAAUUGAUGAUGCUCACUGGAAGGAAAAUGGGACAUUAGUUCAAGUAGCGACUAUAUCAGGAAACAUGUUCAACAAAAUGGCAAAGUGGAUGAAACAGGACAAUGAAACAGGAAUUUAUUAUGAGACAUGGACUGUAAAAGCCAGCCCAGAAAAAGGCGCAGAGACAUGGUUUGAUUCCUACGACUGUUCCAAAUUUGUGUUAAGGACCUAUAACAAGUUGGCUGAAUUUGGAGCAGAGUUCAAGAAAAUAGAAACCAACUAUACAAGAAUAUUUCUUUACAGUGGAGAACCUACUUAUCUGGGAAAUGAAACAUCUGUUUUUGGGCCAACAGGAAACAAGACUCUUGCUUUAGCCAUAAAAAAAUUUUAUUACCCCUUCAAACCACAUUUGUCAACUAAAGAAUUUUUGUUGAGUCUCUUGCAAAUUUUUGAUGCAGUGAUUGUGCACAGACAGUUUUAUUUGUUUUAUAAUUUUGAAUAUUGGUUUUUACCUAUGAAAUUCCCUUUUAUUAGAAUAACAUAUGAAGAAAUCCCUUUACCUAAGAGAAACAAAACACUGUCGGCCAGGCAUGGUAGCUCACACCUGUAAUCCCAGCGCUUUGGGAAGCCAAGGUGGGCAGAUGACAAGGUCAGAAGUUUAAGACCAGCCUGGCCAAUAUGGUGAAACCCCCGUGUCUACUUAAAAAUACAAAAAUUAGCCAUGCAUGGUGGCUAAUUUUAGUCCCAGCUACUCAGAAGGCUGACGCAGGAGAAUCGCUUGAACCGGGGAGGCGGAGGUUGCAGUGAGCCGAGAUCACACCACUGCACUCCAGCCUGGGUGACAGAGCAAGACUCUGUCUCAAAACAACAACAACACACUCUAGUUUAUAAAACCUUAAUUCUACUGCUCUUUUUUCCUCUCAUCACCAGCAUCUGGUUUUCAUGGGGUGAUUUUAUUUUUGUCAAUUUCUUAGCCUUUCUUUCUUAGUGCAGAAAGAUAAAAUGCACAUCAGCAGAAUCACUGCACAUCUCAGGACUUUUCUGUUAGAAGCUGAAAUUCGUACUAUAUUGAACAAAGUGAUCAAGUUAGGUGACCUUUAUUUCAAUUUCCAACCCUUUUUUAAAAUGGAGCCUUUGUUAACAUAUCAGUUAUGUAGAAUCUUUGGACCCAGUUAUAGAUAUGGUGUGCCAAGAUUUUAAAAAUACCUUCAAAAAUAAAAAAUACCUUCAGUGACAUUUUCAUGGUUGGGACCUCUUUUUUUCUGGUAUGGCAGUUACACUUUUAAGUGCGUUUUGGUACUUUAGACUGACUUUACAAGUUGUAUAGCUUUUGGAACCAGGUUUAGUAUAGUCUGAUUACAUUCCAUUCACCUAACUUGAGAGAUUGGUUUGGACACCAUAACUGGAGUGGUUGUGCUUCUAGAUGUGGCAAAUCCAAUGUUAAUACACAUUUCUGGCUGGCAUUUUGGAACUAGCUAGUAACUGGCUUCUGUUAUUUAAGCAACCUAACAUUUCUAUACCCUACUUUAUUUAUCUCUAAAAUGAUUCAUCUGUCAGGACCGCCGUAAAGAUGGAAGUAGUAUAUGUUUGGCAGGUCACAGUGAAUGGCAGGGAUAAUGAUUAAUCAAAGAACAAAUUGUCAUCCUUGAUCUUGCCUAAUCUAGUUUAUGUGCCAGUCUUUCCUGGGUUUUGUAAUCACCUAGACUUCAAAAGCUGAUAGCCUAGUGUUUCAGCGGUUCUUCCAAGGUCUGGGGUAUGGAGGUGUAUAGCUACAGACACGUUUGAGUAAACAGGUAUCUUCUGACUUCUUCACUGCUUCCUCUAGUUCUCCCUCUUCCCACAAAGCUGUCAGUGCAAUGGAAGAGGUUGCACUUCCCCCAGAGAGGAUAGGUUCCUGCUAAGGUCACCAAGUAGCUGUGCUUUAAUUAGAGCCAGACAAGCUUUCAAGGUCCUUUAAGUAUUUGAUGAUCAACUGAACAUGUUUCUAUUCAUGGAGAAAACACCAGUCAGUAAGAAGAUGGAGUGGAUAUUGGAGAAAACAAUUCAUGUUUAAUAUGUAAAUGUACCAAUUAUGUGAUUCAGUUUCAACUAACAUUCAAGUGGUUCCUGAGAGGUUAGUACAUUAUUACUGAGCGCUCAUAAAAAGCUUAAUCAUAGAUAUAAUUAACCUGAUCCAAAUGAGUAAUCGGACCUUAGAAAAGUUAAGUGAGCUUUCUCUGGCUACCCUGCUAGUAGUAAUGAAGUCAGGUCUUGAACCCAAGUUCUGCUGCCUGAAUUGAAUGCACUAUACAGGCUUUUUGGCACCACUCAAAGUGUGGUCCUCAGACCAGUCCCUGCCAACCAGAUGUUACUGGUCUGUGAGUAAAAGUACAGAUACUGACAGGAAGCUUUGAGAAAUUUUAAAGCAAUUUGUUGGAGUGUUUUUGUUUCUGUUGAAUCUAAUUUAAAAAAUUGGAGCUUGUA